CCCACAUGUACCCAAUCGCUUACUUCUUCAUGAGCUUAUAGCUAAGACCACUUAUCCAGCAAGCCUCUUUCGUCUCUUCUCCAUGUUGUACUUCACGUGCCUUUGGUAACAGUUACGUCUACUCAGAUUCUCGUUAGAAUGCCUUUCUCUAAGAAGCCAAAGGCCGGGAUGGAUACGAUUGCCACUGCUCUGACAUGCGACCAGCGUGAGGUGUUUGUUGAUGACAAAAACCACUCAAUUAAGUAUCGUACACUGUCCUGGCAAUCUGCUGCCUUCAUCAUGAUAACAGAGAUCGUAACUGGCGGUACCCUGACCUUACCUCAAGCAAUCGCUGUCGUUGGUCUUGUUCCUGGCACCAUCAUCAUAAUCUUCUGUGGAGUCUGGGCUUUGUUCACAUCAUACUUGCUUAUAGACUUUAAGCUCAAUCAUCCAGAAGUCCACAACAUGGGCGAUGCUGGAUACAUCCUAUUCUCACCUCUUGGGAUCGGAUCUGUGGGGAGAGAAGUGCUGAGUGCCGGCACCAUCCUUUUCGCCAUCACUGGAGUGGGGAGUAUGAGCUUGUUGGGUCAAUUGGCCUUGCAGACUUUGAGUCAAGGUGGAAUGUGUGCAAUGUCUUAUCUCGGUAUCUGGACAUGCAUCACCUUUCUGGUCGCAAUACCGAGAACCUUCGGAGCUGGGCUACAAGGUUUCUCAGUAGUUGCCUGCAUCUCAGUCUUGGUUGCGACUUUGGUAGCCAUGAUCGGGAGUGGUGUCGAGCCAACUCCUGGCCGUGUUGUUGUUGCAACGGCACCUAACACAUUCUACACGGCGUUCUUGGCCAUCACGAAUCCUGUCCUUGCUUACGCUGGCCACUUCCUGUUCUUCACAAUCAUUUCCGAGAUGAAGGUUCCAAGAGAUGCCAAAAAGUCAGCUUGGGCACUUCAGGUCUUCAGCACGACUUGGUAUGUUAUCUUUGCCGUGGUCUCAUACUGCUAUCUUGGUGCUGGUGUCCAAAGUCCUUCAUUCCUCAGCCUGUCCAAGGUGUGGGCGAAAGCAGCUUGGGGCUUAUUCUUACCAAACAUAUUGGUAGCUGGAGCAUUGUAUAACCACUUUUCUGCGAAGCUGAUCUUUGUGCGAAUGUUCCGAGGUAGUAAGCACUUGACAGAGAACACUCUAGUGGGAUGGACAAUCUGGAUUCUGCUACUCGCAAUUGCAAACGCUUGUGGGUUCGUGUUGGCCACUGGUGUGCCAUUCUUCUCUUACUUAGGUGGCAUAGUCGCUUCUGCUUUUGCUUCCUGGUACACAUACGGCCUUGCAGGGGCAUUCUGGUGGCACGAUACGCACUACUUUGGGGAUGGCUGGAGGUCCGUGAGACAGAGAUGGCCCAUGUUUCUGCUUUGCUUUGCCACAUUGGUAUUGGGAGGCUUCAUCUGUGUUGGCGGAUUGUACGCGAUCAUCAAGUCGCUGAUUGAAGCCUACGCUUCCGGUGCCGUUGGUCACCCAUUUACCUGCUGAUCGUCUUAGCUACUUGAAUAAUUGUUUUUCGCACUUUCAAACUCAGCGAGAGUCUUCGCGAUUGAUGGUUUCGAACCCGGUCGA